UCAAUCCCGUAACAAGUCACUGCACAGGACGAUGAUUUGUGGUUCUGUGGUUUGUGGUUUGUGUGUUCGUGUUAUGGUUUGCAGCUGCUGACGUCCAAGAUGUCCGUCCGGCUGCACGCGCUGCUGAUCCUCUGCCUGAGCUUCACGCUGGGUGGCUGUAUGUAUCCCAGCAACCACUGGGGCGACUGGAACGACUCACAGCUUCUGCCAACGAUUCAGAAGCUGAUGAAAGGAUACAAUCGAUACCUCAGACCCAAUUUCAAUGAGGGCCCUGUUGAAAUUGGAAUGAGCCUUGACAUCGCCAGCAUUGACGCCAUCUCCGAAAUCAACAUGGACUACACCGCAACAAUCUUCCUCCGUCAGCGGUGGCGUGACUCCAGGCUGGUGUUCCCGGGAAAUGAGAGUGUCAGCGUGGACGGGCGCCUCGUGUCACUGCUCUGGAUCCCUGACACCUUCAUCCCGGACUCCAAGCGCUCUUUCCUGCAUGACGUCACAGUGGAAAACCGCCUCAUACGCAUCUUCAGUAAUGGAACGGUUCUCUACGCCCUGCGCAUCACAGCGACAAUCGCCUGCAACAUGGACCUGACCAAGUAUCCCAUGGACAGACAGGUGUGCACCCUGCAGCUGGAGAGCUGGGGCUACAACCUGCAGGAUGUGGUGUUCUACUGGACCAGAGGGAACGACUCAGUGAAGGGUCUCGACACGCUGCGGCUGGCUCAGUACAGUGUGGAGACCUACUACACAACAGUGUCAGAGGCUGUGUACGAGACAGGACAAUACCCCAAGCUGGUGCUACACUUUGCACUGCGUAGAAACGUGCUGUUCUUUAUCCUGGAGACGUAUGUUCCCUCCAUCCUGCUGGUGGUUCUCUCCUGGGUGUCGUUCUGGAUCAGCCAGUCCUCUGUUCCAGCCAGGACCUGCAUCGGCGUGACAACUGUCCUGACGAUGACCACGCUAAUGAUGGGCGCCCGCACCUCCCUGCCCAACGCCAACUGCUUCAUCAAGGCCAUCGAUGUCUACCUGGGAAUCUGCUUCACCUUCAUCUUCGGCGCAUUGCUGGAGUACGCCUGCGCACACUUCUACACCAUGCAGCACCAGACCAUAGAGGAUUUUCACAGGGAUCUUCUGAAGGAGUUCAAUGAAUCCAAUGGAAACGGCUCCAUCCCCAUCGUCACCUCCACCCAGCCAAACCAGUCGGUGGAGAUCGGCUCCACUGCAGACGAGCCCGCGGAGCAGGCAGCGCACAGUGACACUAGGAACAGUGCUGUCUCAAAAGAGGAGAUGGCAGGUCAGGGCUGCAGCCUGUCUUCGGUGAAGAAGGCGUCCCGCCGGGCUGCAUCCGUCUUCACCGUUGAAAACCCACACAACAUCGAUUGCCACGCUCGCACCGCUUUCCCUGCGGCCUUCCUCUUCGUCAAUAUCCUCUACUGGCUUUAUUAUCUCUUCCUCUGAGCCGCUGCAUUGUUGAUUUCAUCCUCCUGAAGCUGCUCUACCUCCUCAUUCGAGACCCAAUACCAGUUGCCACUGCCUGGAACUAAACUGAUCAGAUAGGCAUUUUGUACCACACCUAUAGGAAACCUUUUUUGUCCAACAGAGAGGGCUACACAGUGAUGAAAAGCAGAUGAAUUUUCUUCUUUCUACCACACUCCAAACUAAGCUUUUAUUGAUCAUGUAUGAACGGAUUGCUACUAACAUAUUAGGAUGUAGACGUGACAAUGCAAAGCCCGAAUCUAUCUCUUUACUUGACGACUCCAUAGAAAAGAAAUGAGGAUGAGUUAUUCACUUUCAACAGUAGGCUGCCGGAGAUGCAUCACACUAUUGCGCUACAUUGAAUUGCCUUCAUUAACUGAUGUAGAUGUGUGUUUUCUUGUUUAGGCUUUGUAUAAGACCAUGUUUACUUCACAGUAUAUUAUGUGAAUUCCAAGAAUAAAUCCAUCAAC